UCCGGGUCUGCAAGGCGAGUGCCGCGGCGUGGGCUGCUGCCUUGGAAACGCGGGGCGCGCGCUUCCUGAGCCUGGCAGAGCCGGGGUCCCGAGGAUGCUGCUGGCGGCCGGGGCGCGGUACGCCCGUCGGCUCUGCGGCCGGGGAGCCGCGGCGGCUCUGCAGGGACGCACAGGCCGGAGCUGCGCCCGGGACGUCAGUACUAGCUGGUCCCCGGUGGGCGCCGCCUUCAACGUCAAGCCCCAGAGCCACCUAUGGGACCUGUUGGGAGAGCGCCGGGGUCUUUUUGGAGUUCCUGAGCUCAGCACCCCUGAAGGAUUCCAAGUUGCCCAGGAGGAAGCCUUGAGGAAGACGGAGUGGCUGGUAGAGCGAGCAUGUUCCACACCCCCAGGGCCACAGACAGUCCUCAUUUUUGACGAACUCUCAGAUUGCCUGUGCAGAGUGGCCGACUUGGCAGACUUCGUGAAAAUUGGACACCCAGAGCCUGCAUUCAGAGAGGCUGCGCAAGAGGCCUGCAGAAGUAUUGGCACCAUGGUGGAAAAGUUGAAUACAAAUGUGGAAUUGUAUCAGAGUCUGCAAAAGUUACUGGGUGAUAAGAAGCUUAUGGAUUCCCUUGAUGCGGAAACCAGGCGAGUAGCCGAACUAUUUAUGUUUGAUUUUGAAAUCAGUGGAAUCCAUCUAGAUGAAGAAAAGCGCAGAAGAGCAGUGGACCUUAAUGUUAAGAUCUUGGACUUGAGCAAUGCUUUUCUCAUGGGAACCAACUUUCCCAACAAGAUCCAGAAGCGUCUCUUGCCAGAGCACAUUCAGCACCACUUUGCUCGUGAUGGAAGUCACUUAAUCAUUGAUGGCCUGCAUGCAGAAGCCUCCGAUGACUUGGUUCGGGAGGCUGCUUAUAAAAUUUUCCUUUAUCCCAAUGCUGAUCAGUUGAAAUGUUUAGAGGAAUUGCUAAGCAGCAGAGAUCUUCUGGCAAAAUUAGUAGGUUAUUCUACAUUUUCCCACAGGGCCCUCCAAGGAACCAUAGCUCAGACUCCAGAGACUGUCAUGCAGUUCCUUGAGAAGCUAUCUGAAAAGCUCUCUGAAAGAACUAGAAAAGAUUUCGAGAUGAUGCAAGGAAUGAAAACAAAACUAAAUCCUCAAAAUUCUAAACUAAUGCCUUGGGACCCUCCCUACUACAGCGGUGUGAUUCGUGCAGAGAGGUAUAAUAUUGAGCCCAGUUUAUAUUGCCCGUUUUUAUCCCUUGGAGCUUGCAUGGACGGCCUGAAUGUCUUAUUUAACAAACUGCUGGGCAUCACCUUAUAUGCAGAGCAGACCUUCAAAGGAGAGGUGUGGUGUAAUGACGUCCGGAAGCUGGCUGUUGUUCAUGAAUCUGAAGGGCUGCUGGGGUACAUUUACUGUGAUUUUUUCCAGCGAGCAAACAAGCCACAGCAGGAUUGCCACUUCACCAUCCGAGGGGGCAGAUUGAGGGAAGAUGGCACCUAUCAGCUCCCAGUGGUCGUUCUCAUGCUGAAUCUUCCUCAUGCUUCCAGGGAUUCCCCUGCAUUAUUAACUCCAGGGAUGAUGGAAAAUCUCUUCCAUGAAAUGGGCCAUGCCAUGCAUUCAAUGCUUGGACGAACGCGGUACCAACAUGUCACUGGGACCAGGUGCCCGACUGACUUUGCUGAAGUUCCAUCUAUUCUGAUGGAGUACUUUUCAAAUGAUUACCGAGUAGUCAGCCAGUUCGCCAAGCAUUAUCAGACUGGUCAGUCACUCCCGAAAGCUAUGGUGUCCCGUCUCUGUGAAUCUAAGAAGGUUUGCACAGCAGCAGAAAUGCAACUUCAGAUGAAAGCUAAGACUCUGACCGCCUCACACCUCUCACUGAUGACGAACAGGAUCCAGGAAGAAACCAAACAGGAUUUGUUACAUACAGGACCACAAGCUGUCUUUUAUGCUGCCCUGGAUCAAAUCUACCAUGGCCAGCAUCCCCUGAAGAAGUCGACCACAGACAUCCUCAUGGAAACACAAGAGCAGUUUUACGGCUUGCCCUAUGUUCCUGACACUGCCUGGCAGCUGAGGUUCAGCCACCUCGUGGGAUAUGGUGCCAAGUAUUACUCAUACCUGAUGUCCAGGGCUGUGGCAUCCAUGGUCUGGAAGGAAUGCUUCCUACAGGAUCCUUUUAACAGGGCCGCUGGGGAACGCUACCGCAGAGAGAUGUUGGCCCAUGGUGGGGGCAAGGAGCCGAUGCUUAUGAUUCAAGGCAUGCUGCAGAAGUGUCCUUCCAUCGAUGACUUUGUGGAUGCCCUUGUGUCUGACAUGAAUCUGGACUUUGAAACGUUCUUCCUGGAUUCUAAAUAGCAGCAGCAUGGCUCACGUGGAUAAGAACCUUGUCACCAGAUCCUACAGCUAUGAAAGCUCACUCCAGCUUCAGCGGUCACUGCGGAAACAUUUUCUGACAAGUCUUAAAUUGACAGGACUCAGAAUAAAUAGUAUGUUUUAAUUACACUGUGUCUCACCUGCUUGGCAGAGUUUUAAGAAUUUUUAGUGUAUCUGUGAACCACAGGAGUUUCUAAUUAUAGAGUACCACCGCUCCCUGUGGGGUGGCUGUGUCCAGACUGCAGCCAUUCUGUUGAUCUCUUAAUUGAAUACAUUAGAAACUCCGUGGAAUGCUAAAUUGUUGCAAGUUAGGACAAUUUGAAGAGUUCUCAGAACACACCUAUUUUUUUUAAAGGAACACUACCAUUUCUUAAGACCUCUACCCUAGUCUCUUGGAUAGUCAGCUACAGUAACCGAGAAGCCAGUCCCAAGUAUUGCUACUGAUAUAAACAGUCUUUCCAAGGUGUUUAGACUCUUCACAGACCGGCUCAGACCAGGGAGGAUUUGAAUGUAGGUUUUGCCAUCUUGACUGUGAAGAUAACGUCCUCAUACUCUAGGAGUGUCCUAGAAGCUCAUGAGGCCCAGAGAUGUCUUCAGUGACCUGCUGUGUUGGGCCCCUUCAUGAACCACCCACCCGUUUCGUCUGCCCUCAUGUGCACAUCCAACUCUGGAUUCAUGCAGAAGAGCGGUUGGCCCACUGAGGUGGGCUUCCCACAGCCAGGAUGGUGUGGUGUUGUCUUACUGAGCCUCCCAAUCCAAGGCUCUCUCCACACCAACCCCAGGAAGCACCCCAGAGCCUGUUUAGAGUCUGCCGAAAGCAAUCAGAGCAGGAAGAGGAGGGUUGGGCGCUGCUGGUGACAGAAUGGGCUGCAAUGCCAGUGCCUGGCAGAUGUGGAGCCACAUCCCACCCUGUUUAUUCUCCUUAUCUGAUUGGCUAACAGAAGAUCAGAUCCUUGUAGGCUCGUCCUCACACAUGCCAGCUCUGUUCUGGGAAAUGUCCUGGGAGUCAUCAACCUGUCAGCCAGCCAGCCAGCCAGCCAGCUGCAGGGCCAUCUGAAGAGGUGUGUAACAGGCUCUAUGGUGUCCCCAGGGUGCCAAGUCUCUGUGUUAGUUUUAACAGAAGUGUGGGAUAGUCAGGGGAAUUUAGGCAAAUUGGGGAGAGCCUCUUCUGGUUCCUGGAGCAUUUGACAACUGCUACAGCUAGUAACUAACCACAGGACGAAAGAGCCAGUCCAAGGGAGGAUGCUGGGAGGACCAAUGAGAGGGAAGGGAAGGGAUUUAGGAAAAGGGAAGGUCCUGGGGUCCCAUAAAAUGCCCCUUCCCCCAGUCUACUUGGUUCUUGGGGCCUGUCGAUUUACUUUCUCGGUGCUUUGGUCUUUGCAGUUUCCCGAACUGUCCAUCCCACAGACCAUACACUGGUACCUCCAGAUAGUCAUCCCUCACCCCAUAACUAUGAAGGGCUCAACUAGGAAUCAAUGACUACCAUCUCCACACCGGGAUCUGAUGGCCCGCCCAAGGUUGCUAUAACUGACUGAAAAUCAUGAUGAAGGACUCCACAUGAGGUGUAUGCAGCAACCCUGUGGAGUGAGAUGAUCCGGGGCUGGGAUUAGCCUGUGUAUGCCAGCAAAGGAGUCAGGCAUGGUGAAUCCUUCAGGUGUACGUG